CGCAGUCUCCGGAAAAAUAAUAAACAAAAGGAGCGAUGGAUCUUUUCCUUCGUUGCUGGCUGAUAAUUUGUCGUCCUGUGUGCGCGCCUGUUAAGUGUUUUUUUUACGCAUGAAACAACACUACAGGACACAAAAUGACGGAAGGCAGUGCUACAAGAAUGAAGAGAAAUGGGGCUAGGAUCUUCAAAAAUCCUCCGCAGCCUCACAUGUGUAUACGAGAUUUUAUACAGUUAUGUGUGUUAAACUUUGCUGAGAACAUGAGAUGUCUUCUCUUGAGUUGCCAACGUGCUUUUAUAAGACACACUUCCAAAGAAUAGAGUAUUCUCGAGCAACAACACUCUUUGCUCCAAAAUGGAAUAAUUCUAAUAUUCAACAAAUAAUAAAUGUUAAAACAUCGAACGAGGCAGUGAAUAGAGGGAACAACAGGACCUUGUUAUGUUAAUGUACUAUCCUGGGAUAGAAUCGCAAUGCCAUGUAGACCUUCCCAACCUGUGCCACUUUGGGGAGGUAUGAGAAUACCAUCUCCACGUACAAAAGCAGAAGCUGUGGUUUUUGCUGUAAUGGCUAAUCCAGAGGUGCUACGUAUUAACGGGAAGAAUGCAGAAGAUCCAGAAAAACGUUCGUCCCUAAUAGAACUCAUGCUGGAUUUCGUAGAGGCAAUGAACGUAGGGUUAAUAUUUUUGAGGCGGUACACGAUUUUAAAAGAUCGUGAUAUAACCGGUGAAUUGAAGGAGGUAUGGAAUGCGGUUCAGGCUCGGCGGGACCGAGAACAACCACCUCCUCAACAAGAGACUUGGAUUGACGCACAACCACCUGUACCACAGUAUCCUCAAUAUCAAGAUCAACAACAGCAAACCCAAAAGCAACAACAAGAUUAUACUUCACAGCAGCAACAACCACCACAAUAUCAUUCUAGUAUUGCCUAUGGUAGAGCAAUAAGCAGCGAUAAUAUGCAUUACGAUGGUUAUGGUUAUCAAUCGCAAAAGUCUGUCAUUCCACCGAACGAUCAGAUGUACCAAUCGAGCCAAAUAGUAUCCCAACAAUAUGGUAACGUAACGCGAAUAGCGCAAGAUCGUUACAAUUAUAGAGAACGUGGCAGAGACACUCUCGUACAGAAUAUCCCACAACAGAGUUGUCCAGCUUAUCCAGCGCCACAGUAUCAAUUUCAACAAUUACCCAGGCAAAUGAUGCCACAGUACGUAAACUCUAAUGUACAUCCAAACACUAAUUUAGGAUAUGGUCCACCAACGAAUACCAGUGUCAAUCCAAAUAUGCCAGCUGCGUUUCAAUCGUAUAUAACUAAUCCGAUGUAUCAACAACGAAUGGACAAUACGAUACACGUCGAUAUUCGUAGAAUGCAACAGCAACAACAACAACAACAGCAACAACAACAACAAAUACACAUAAAUCAUGCGCAACAAGUGCCUCAAUAUGAACCAGCCGGAGAUUGGCAGACCGUCAACGUAUUAAGACUGGGUAGACCGCACAUGGGCGUUAUUCAAAAGAACACCGUAAGUAAGAGACAAGUGAAUUCACCAACUCACAGCAAACAGGCCUCCUGUACGAAUUGCCAUAACAAAUCUACGACUGAGAACGUUACGAAACCGAAGAGUCCGGUUAAGGUAUUACAACGGGAAUUGUCUUCGUCAGGAGAUCGACAGGAUAAUACGAAUUAUUACGUGAUAACGGAUAAUAGUAAAACAAUGAGAAGGGAAAAGGUAUACACCGAGGAAAUAAGAAACUUGCGACCGACGAACGACGUUACCACUGAAGGAAAGAAAUUUAACGAAUGUUCUUCGAGCAUCGAAUCAAACGAUACGUCCAAAAAAUCUAACGACAGUUAUACCUCUUUAUCAACAUCGAAUACACGAAAAACAAUUAAUUCCAACGAGAACAAUCAGGAUAAUGGGAAACAACAACAGGAUACUAAGGACUUUGAUCUACCAACUGUUAGUCAAAUGAUAGCCGAUCAAAAUUUUAGUUCAAGAUGUCGAAUAAUAGUUGGAAGAAUUAAGCAUAAGGAUAAUAACGUUGAUAACAAUAGAACGAUAUGGCCUCGUUUUGCCUCCGAUCAAAAGAAUGAUAGUCCUAAACGAUCGCAAACAAAUGUUAACAGUAUCAUUAAUCCAGGCAUGUCGAAUAACGAGGAAACAUCUUCAAUUAAGAAAAAGACUACCAAUGGUCAACAGCCGAAGGUCAAAAAUGCCAAAGCAUAUUGUGAAAAUGAUGAUAUACAACAGGGAUAUACGAUAUUAAAAAAAACCGAGACAAUUGUUCAAGAUGAUGUUAUUAACGAUAUUGCUCAAAUAUCUAUUCAAGACUGUAAAGACGGCACCGAGGUUAUCAGUCCUGUGCUAUCGUGAUAGCCUAGUUUUACAGCUAAUACGGAGUAUUAGCUUUGCAGCUUAUUACCAGCGAAUAAUAUAUAAUUAAAUAUGUACAUAAAUAGAAUAUUAUUCGAUGAUAUAUGAGAAAGAGAGAGAGAGAAGGGGGGAGAGAGAGAGAGAGAGAAAGAGAAAGAAAGAGAGAAAGGAAAAAUGGAGCAAAGCGAUAUUGAAACAAAAAAAAACGAGCGCUAUAAUAUUAUAAUAAUUAUAAAACUAAUAUUAAUAUUAAUUAUAAUGAUGAUAAUAAUAAUAAUAAUAGUAAUAAUAAUAGUAAUGGAGAGAGGGGCUCGAAGAUUUUUGCUUUUGCGUUACGAAGAUAAGGAAAAGAUUAAGAAAAUAAAAAAAAAAAAAAAAAAAGAAUAGAGAAAAAAUGAACAAAAAAAAGAAAGAAAGAAUAAAUAAAUAAAAAAUAAGGAACAAAAAAAAAAAAGAAAAAAGAGAAAAAGAACAAACAAACAAACAAACAAGGAAAUAGACGACCGAAGACCCCAAUGAGAGUUUUAAUAACCAUCGAUCUUUGAUCGUUGAUCCGACGAAUCCACUCGUCUUCCUCUCUAUUAUUUAAAAUAGAAUCCACGUGAUACUUCGGCCGAUAAAACGUGUACUUUCGCUUGAAAUUAUAUUAGAAAAUGAAAAGAAAAGAAAAGAGUAAUAUCGAAGGAAAUGAGAUUUUGAUUCUCAAUCAUCCUUGCCAUUUUACUUACCCCCACUCCCUAUCUAUCCAACCAAUCAACCAACCAACCAACCAACCAACCAACCAACCAUUCACCCACUUACCCAUCCCUCCCUCCUCCUAUCUUCGUUUCAAUUAUUUUUUAAUGUACAUCCCCCGAGGACACUUCUCUCGAAAGGCCUGAUGUGCUCAUCACGAUUAUAAGGAAGUAAUAUAUGAGAAAAAAAUUGUAAAAAAAAAAAGAAAAAAAAAAGAAAAAAAAUAAAAAAGAAAAAAAAAAGAGAAAAAAAAUAGAAAAAAAAGGAAAAAUAAAAAAAGAAGAGGAAAAAAGAAGAAAAAACACACAUACACUCGCUCAUACAUAACAUAAGAGAUUUAAAGGUCAAUUACAUUACUACCAAGUCAACGUGAUUUGAAAAGAUAGAAAGGAAGGAAGGAAGGAAAAAUAAAGAGAGAAAGUUUGUCAAAAGGAAUAAUAAUGAUAUUGGACGAUGUCAAAUAUAUACUAUAUCUCAUUGCUGCCAUAUUCUUAUACUAUGUCAACGGAAUAAUCAAUUAACUUCGUGUAUCGUGAUUGUAAUUUAACGAGAAAUUGAAAAAUUCUAUCAUGAUUUAUUGGCAAGAAAAUGAAGAUAAGGAAGAAGAAGAAAAUAAAACAACAAGAAUUUUGUAAUGUUUAAGUGAAAAAUAAGUAAAAAUAUGAAUAGAAAGAAGAUUUAUUAUAUUUACAGUAAACCAUAUCGAACGUACACGUGUAACAAAUACAAAAAAAAGAAACACAUACACACAUACAUAGAUAGAGUAAUUCAUUGACAACUGGAAUUAGACUGUAAUUUUUUUCUUUAUUUUAUAAGUAGCGAUUAAACAAAAAAAGAAAAAAAAGAGGGGGGAACGACAUAAAAUGUAUGUGUGCAUUCAAUUUGUAAAUCAAUUUGUUUAUAUUUAAUGAUAAAAAAAAAUAUAUAUAUAUUGUUAUUACAAUUCUAGCUGUCGGAAUUACUCGGUAUAAAAAUAUUUUGAUCUAUCGAUUUAGAAAUGAUCAAAGGCUAUACAUAUAUACACACACACACACACAUACAUAUACAUCUUUCAGUAUAAUUACUGUUGGUGCUUCAAUUAUAGUGUAAAAGAAAAACAUUGAGAUCUCAACACUGAUGAAUAAUUAUAAACAUAUAAAACGUAAAGUAAUACACAAGUAUAAUAAGUAAUUAGCGGCGUCUGGUGUGCUAGGAAGGACCAAUCAGCGCGCAAAAAUGAUAAAUCAAAGGAAAUAACGGGAGGAAAAAUAAAUAAAUGAAAUAAAAUAAAAUAAAAAAA